UUUAAAAAAAUGUUUCUUAAUUACAUUUUAUUUUCGUACUUUGAUUGUAUCAGUUUAAUGCCAAAUGUGCGCAACUAAAAAGAAAAACCACUCAAAUAGUAUACAAAAUUCGUCACCACAUGCGCAUUGCGCACUUUAACUUGUUUGCAUUGUCUAUUACUUCGUACUACAAAUUUCAAAGAUCAUCGCUGAAAGUGAAAAAAAAAAAAAAACGUUUCGGGUGCAACGACCACAAUAACGGCGUCACAAAUAAAUGAUUAUGAUAAAAAUAAUUUUGUUUUCAACAACAAUGCCACCGAUUGUGGAUAUCGAUCUGAUAAAAUUUAUUAUCACACUGUUAUUGUCGUCACGUACAGCAGAGAUUCUUGACGCAUAUUGAUGACCAACGUUAAAUGACUGUACAAAAUUAAAAGACUUUUCACAUUGACAACAUUGGUGCCGGCAAUAGCAUUGAAAUGGAUCAUUUACUUCCAUGCCAUCGAGAUGCAUCACCUUUGAAAAUAUUCAAAAAAAUCCACAAAAUAUGCGCAUUAAAAAGCGUUAUACCAGACACCAAGCUAGACGAGUUAAAUGAUGAUUGUUUGGCGCAUAUAUUUGAAAUGCUUGAAAAUAUAUACGAUCUGUAUAACAUUGUGUGUACGUCCUCGAGAUUUCAGAAUGUGUUACCGCUCAUUUCAAAUCGCAAGUUUUCAUUAACCGUCACAAAUGUGACGGCAAUUAAUCUGAAGCAUUUUCUUCAAACAAUCGGAAUACAAAUAAGAAGUUUGUAUGUUCCAAUCAGUGAACGGAAUCAAAGUUCAGUUGAUAUUAUUGAAUUUUUGGAAAUGGUACAGAAUUAUUGUCCGAAACUUAAGAGUUUGACAAUGAAAAAAUGGUCACAUUUGAACUUUAACCGUUUCAAACCAUUGUUGAAACGUUUAAAAACGUUGAGUUUGGAUGAAUGCGAUUAUACUGAAAUAAACGAUUUGCUCAAUCGACGAUUUGUGAUUGAACCAUCAUCAUGGGUGGAACAACCAUUUCCUUUGUCAUCUUCAUUGCAAACAUCAAGUGGUAUGUCGGAUUUAAUAAGCUUAACCACAUUGAAACUUCAUCGUUGCAAAGGAUUUCGUCCAGAUUCGUUCCAAGAAUUUCUUCAGCAGAAUGGAAAUCUCAUCGAAUUGUCACUAUUUGCAUUAGUCGAUUUUAAGAACAGUGAUGCUGAUGAAUAUUUUUUUAAUGGAAUUGCACAGUAUUUGCAAGACAUUGAAACCAUGAGUAUUGAUGUGAAUACAACAUCGCACAUACAAUUCAUAGCUAAAUUGCCAAAAUUACGAUGUCUUCGGUUGUUUGAUUACUCCGUUUAUAAUGAUCGUAUUGUCGAUUGCUUACUGAGAAAAUUAGGUGAUAUCAAAAAUAUCGAAGAGCUAGAUCUAUAUCAUUGUAAUUUGGGAAUGCAUUCGUAUCGUGUCAUUUCACAAUUACAUAAAUUACAUACACUGAAGCUUCGAAAAAACUUUUGGGUCACAGAUCAACAUCUUCAAACACUGAAUUUAAUGCCGUCACUUAAAACAGUUUGCUGUUUUGAUAAUAUCAUUUUAAGUGAUGAAGGAUUAAUGUCUUUAGUUCGAAUGUCACCCAAUUUGACAAAACUCGAUUGUUCAUGGUGCUUUCAAGUAACAAAUCGAACUAUUCACGAUAUUCAACAUUUAUUUUGUCAAGAAAGUAGUCGCCCAAAAUUGGAUAUUUUAGUUGGAGGCAGAUCCAAAAUCACUGAAUCUGUAUUGAACGAUAUAUCUAGAGACCGCAUUUCCAUUAUAUUCGAUCCCAAUAUGCCAAUCACCUGCAUCAUUCAGAAUAGCUUUUGUCUCAAUUGCACAUCAAAAGCAACAAUGGAAUAAAAUAUAAUUCCGUGGGAAGGAUUUUUUUUAUUUUUCUAUAAAUUUCUUUGUAGUAGUACUUAAUAUUUUAUCGCUAAUGAUGUAAAGUUAAGGGAAAUAAAUUCUCGUAAGGAGAAUAAAUUUUCACUUGCUGAUAAUUAAAUAUUUUUCCUAAUAAAAUAAAUUGACAAGCUGUAUUAUAUUUUUUAUCAUUUCUUAUUGUAGUGCUACAAGAGGUGUAAUGCGCUCAAUAAGCGUAAUGCUUUGUUUGCCGAACUUCGUAUAGACAGUGCCAUCUAUAUAUAGAAUGGGAUAUUAUUUCACAAGUUUGAGAAUGAGCGCAUAUGUUAUUCCAAAAAUUGUUGAAAAAUAAUUUAAUAAAUUGUUUCAUUUUUUUGUUUUGAAAGUGAAGUUAGCACAAUUAGCAUUAGAUAAUUUCUAUUUAAAAAAA